CUGAACGAUUGAUAUGAUGGGCGCUUUCUUUGAGUCCAAGUAAAAUAUCUGCGAAAAUCAUAAAUUUAUGACAAGUUAUAUCUAUUUAAAGAAUAAACAGUGAUACUUUACCUUAAGGAGCAUUAAUUGAAGGGAGGGUAAAGUAAUAGCCUUAUACCAAAUCAGUUGCUUUGUGAAGUUGGAAGUACGUUGAAAGGAAAACUACCGUGGGCCGAUUUUCAAUAUUUCGUUUCAAAAUAAUACAUUUCCGAAGGGAUUUUGGCGUUGUGCGUGUAAGAAAUGACGGAUUUACACUGUUUUCGUAAAAGUUUUUAUUUUAGAUAAUUUCUAACGACAAUUUUGUUCAUUUUGUUUUCAGACACAACGUUAAACAUGGCCGGCUGUCCGAAUUUCUGUUCUCAGUUAGCACUUCUAAUUUUCUUUUCAUCAUUGUGUUAUGUUUCUUCUUUGGAUUUAUCGUGUAUUGGAGUAAAAGAAGAAUACAACAAGAAAAUGGGUUUGAGAGAUGACAACGUACCUAUUUCACCGAUUUCCGGGAACAAUCUGCAGGUGUGCACGCAGGAGUCCACAUGUUGUACACCAGACAUGGAGAACAAGCUCAUGUCUCUCAGUGGCAAGGAGUUCGAGUCAGUCGUUGACAACACCUUCAAAUUGAUAAAAAAUACUUUUGUAUCCAGAACUAAAAAAUUUGAUGAUUUUUUCAUAGAGUUAUUAACAAAAGCAGAAGAAGACUUGAAUGUGAUGUUCGUACAGACAUAUGGCCAAAUAUACAAACAGAACGCCAAAAUGUUUACAGAACUUUUUGAGGACUUAAGACACUAUUAUAAGGGCAGCAAUGUGAAUUUAGUGGACAUCUUAAAUGAUUUCUUCACGGACUUGUUAAAGAGGAUGUUCACGUUGAUGAACGCGCAAUAUCUUUUUGAUGACGACUACAUGUCAUGCGUCACAAAGCACAUGGAUAAGUUGAAUCCUUUCGGUGAUGUACCUCAGAAGUUGAAACGACAGGUGAAGCGUGCAUUUAUAGCUGCACGGACGUUCGUGCAAGGACUUGCUAUUGGCCGGGAUGUGAUAUUGGCAAUGGAACGGGUAAAGCCGACUGAUGAAUGCCGACGGGGUCUUACCAAGAUGAUGUACUGCCCGUACUGCCAAGGCCUCAUGCGCACCAAGCCCUGCAACAACUACUGCCUGAACACCAUGAAGGGCUGCCUGGCCCAGCACAGCGAGCUCAACAAGGCCUGGAAUGAGUAUAUAGAGGCCCUGAAGCUGGUAGCCCAGAGACUGGAGGGUCCGUUCAACAUCGAGACGGUCGUGGACCCUAUCGACGUGAAGAUCUCGGAGGCAAUCAUGAACUUCCAGGAGCAUGGGGCCACAGUCAGUGAUAAUAUAUUCAAAGGCUGUGGCACACCUAGAAGAAAUCCCUCGGACAGUAGUUCGCGCUUCAAGCGUCAAAGUGGAGAAUCCGGAACGGACUAUUACAGCGGCGCGGACUUCAUGAACUUUGGGAACCGGCGGCACGAGACAUCCAAUGAAAAACCAGCAACAGCGGGGGGAACCAACCUGGAUAGACUGGUGCAGGACAUUAAAGACAAGACGGAGCAAGCCAAGAACUUCUGGAUCCAACUGCCGUACCUGAUCUGUAACGGGGAGGUGGCGGCGACCCAGGGACAGGAUGACGACUGCUGGAACGGGAAGGACAGAUCCAGGUACGUUCACAUGGUACAGAAGGACGGGCGUAUCUACCAGGCCAAUAACCCCGAGGUGACAGUGGAUGUCCAGGAGGACAAUGGUAUCGUGUCCGUGCAGAUCUACAACCUCAAGCUGAUCACUACCAAGCUGCACCAUGCCUACAACGGCAUUGACGUCGAGUGGACCCCAACUACACAGAUACAAGGUGGAAACCUGACAGACGUUGCCAGUGGGGAUCGACGAAAGGAAACAGUUGUAGUAGAGGGAAGUGGUAAGGACUCCACGAGAGUAGACGAGGACCCUGAAGAACCCACAUCGAGCGGAGACAGAAUCGUCGAGGGUAGUGGAUCAGGGUCUGGCGAUAAAGACCCUGAUGAAGAGACAAGCCAACCGGUGCGGCCCAGCGGAAGACCCAAUCCGACUGUUGUUGGUCGAACUGACCGCCCAGUAAAGCCCCCGUAUGAUGUUACGAAUAAGCCUGAAGAUACGAAGAAGGACAAGGGCAGUGGUGCAUCUACGCCUGCAUCGUCAAGUGCUUUCAUGCUGCUGUCAGCUGGACUCGUUGUGAUAGUUCAAGCAUGUCUUCUGCGAUAAGUUUUCACGUUUUCAUCGGCUGUGUAUAUUGUACAGAAAUCAUUUUAAUAUAAAGGGAAAUAAUUAAACCGGAGUUUUAUGUGUACAAUACUUAAAACUUACAUAAACUGCUAGUUUUUGUUACAGUUUUAUUUAACUUUUCAUCUUGAGCAAGUUAUUCAGUAUGUCAUCAAAGGUCUCGCAGCAUAUGCAGGAUUUCCGAUUGGUUAAACAAUGUGUUUUGAAUGGAUUUGUGCUAUGUUUAACGAACUGCAACUGCAGAAAGGUGAUAGUACUAAGAAGUGAAUGUCUGUCAUAACAGAUUAGUGGACAUUGUGAUUGAGGACAGCUAUCCUGCAUACUGGAGACAAACGAUGAAUGGAUGAACUGAAAGUGACUGUAGAUGGACUAAGGAUCACAGGCAACUGCAUUACAUGUGAGCUACACACUUGGAAAAAGGUGCUUCAUGGAUAUGCGUAAAGUGUCACCCCAAAUUAGCAUGGGCACAUGUUAAUAAGGGACGUCACUUUCUGCGUAGAAAGGAUUAAAGUUUAGAAGAGACUUCUUUUAAACAAAAGAUUCCAUCGAAGUGGAAAUUGUCCCUGAUUAGCCUUUCAGCACAUGCUUAUCAGGGCAAACAGCGUAGACCCAGAUGAGACGCCGCAUUAUGCGGCGUCUCAUCUGGGUCUACGCUGUUUGCCAAUGGCACUUUACGCACAUUGUCCCAGAGCACGGCUUAUAUUUAUUUACAUCCAAGAGUGUAUGGUUGUGUACAGAGCUCGAGGAGGGCACAAAAUAUCUGUGUUAUUAUGAACAUUACAGACAAAGUCUUUUCUGGUUUCUUAGGUUGUGUGAUCGUUAUAUUUGUAUUAUUGUGUCAUUUUUUUAUGGGACAUGGCUUGACAACUAAGAACAGGUAUCAAUUGUGUGGAAUUCAGUGUUUCAUACAAAAUAUAUUUUGUGAUUUUAUUUCAGCUUAUAUUCAGUAAACCGAAUGAAGUACAAAGUGUCUAAGGGAGAGAAUUCGCUGAAUUUUAUUUUAGUAUUUGUCAUAGUGGCCUCCCUUGGUUAUAUCUCUAAUGUAUAUAUCAAUCAUUUAAUGUAUGUAUGGAUGAGUUCAUGUUUGUUUGCUUAAAGCAUGUGUGAAUGAUGUGAUAGACAUUAAUCAGAAUUAUGAUUACAAUUCUGAUUGCAGAAUUUGAAAUAACUUGCUUUUUAAAAAUUUGCACAAAUAUCAAUUGUUUGUGGUGAAUACAUCCAGUCUGAAAAUGUCUUUAUUUUAAUAAAAAAAUUAUUAAUCUUAGAGGAAUGUAUUAUUAUUGGAAUUUACUAUUAGAAGUUUUCAAGAAAAGCAUACAUAUAUACAGUGUAUUGAAAAAUGUUUAACACAAAUGGCAACCUUACCACUAAGCUCACACUUAUCUGAGAUUGCACUUUAAGCACAUGCAUAAAGCCAUGUUUUCCCAGAACAAGUCUUGUUUAAACUUAAUACUCUUAAUACUCUUAUGUAUGAUUGAAAGCAUAAACCAUCAACUGAACUUAUUAUAUGUUGCUUUCUUGACUUUGUAGUUAAUUCAUACAUAUUUAUCAUGUUCGCGUAUACCAGUAUAAUAUCAGUAUUGACUUGCAAUUUUUAGCCUUUAUCUGGGGAUAAGUUUUAAAAUGAUGUACCUCAAUUUAGCAAUGGUUUAUUUAAUAUUUUAAAUGCAUUUAUCUUCAUGUUUGCGGUUGUCUUAUAACUUUUAAUUAUCUGCUUUUAUUAUACUAUCAUAAAAUAUUCAUAUUUUAAGUUUAUUCUCAUCGUCUGUUAAAAAAAACAUAUCAUUUAAUUAUGUAAACAGAAUAUGCAGUAAUUUCAUAUCAAGUUAUCACAUAUUUCCAUGUAAUAUUGAACAAUCGGAAUACAGAUUAUAUUUUUUAAGUGAUAUUUUUCAUCGGCCUAGAAAAUUUGGGUAUUGUAUUUCACACACAUAAAUCCAUAAAUAAAUCAAUUUAAUUUAAAGUGUAUUUUUUUCACAUUUUCAACAGUUUUUGUUGUUGUUCUGUCACAUUUAUAUCCUACUUUUGACAACAUUUUCAAAGUUAAGCAAUAUACCUAAUGCGCAUUAUAUGCAGACUAAAAUGAUUGCACUUUUAUAAGUCUUUUAUUUUCAGGAAUAUAGUAGUUACUGUGCCAUAUUUGUCGCUGUUCACUGCAUACAAAUUGUAGGAUCAUACUUGUAUAAAAUUAUCCUUAUUUUAAGUGCUUAGUUACUACCCAAUUAAGAAUGACUCUUGUGAGAUUAUCGCUAAUUUUUAACAUAAAAAAAUGCUUGCUUUUUCAAUUGAGGUCAUUUGAUGUAUACUUCCCACCCAAACUUCAGUAAAUUUAUUUUGGAAUAAUAAAUGGCAGUUUGCUGUUUUCUCUUGUCCUCUUGUGCACUAUGUUUAUUACAGAUUUGUGUGUAAUAUUUUUAUGUGCUAUGUGUUUUUUUAUUUCACAUUUAAACCAAAAUUGUUACAUAUUUUAAUUAUUUUGUACAUAUAUCAAAACUGUGUCUGGUGUUGUCCUUCGGUUGUUUUUUUAUCAGUUUAGUGUGUAAUUACAUUUAUUGAAAAGGCGGUGAUGGAAUCAGAUUUACUUAAUAGCAGGUAAUUUGUUGGAAGAAUGGUUAUCAAAAGCAUUGACAAUUUGUAAAAAAUAUACACACGGGUGGGUUGUUAAAAGUUUUACUUAUUCAUAAUUGACAUCUUAUGCAGUGUUUUUGUUCACCAUUUGGGGAAUGGGGCCGGUUCCCUUUUGAUCUGGAAUUAUCGGGAAAUUGGGAAAUAAGUGUUGUUGUUUUGCUAACAAAUACUUCAAAAUUGAGAAUAAAAGUGUUUUCAAUAUUAUAUUUUCUAAGGUUCAACUUAUAGCUGGAUAUGAGAUAAACAAAAUGUUUAGAUCUAAAAAGAUUUUAUUUUUUAACUUUCAAUUGGGAAUUUUUAGGAAAAUAUUUGGGAAAAAUAUAUGCUUUUGUUCAUUGGUAAUCGGACCAUGUACCAAACCUUGAAUUUGAAAGAAAUUAAUCGCUGUUUUGGUUGCAUUUUGUUCUUGAUACCUGUGCUGGGUUAGCAAUUGGAUAUAUAUGUACAUGAGAAAAGCCGUAUGUAUACAGUUGUCUGCUUUAUAUUGGAGUUACAGUGUAAUUGAAUAUUGCAUCUCAGGACUCGACUUAAGCUUUAUUAACUUCUGCCAAAGUAUGUUAUGUUAGAAGUUUUGGUAAGUUUGAUUCCUUCACCGUCAAAGCAAAGUAGGAGUUCUAUUAAAUAUUGUUGCGCAGUUCUAGAAAUAUUGAUUAAAAAUCAUCAGCUGCAAAUAAUUGAUAAUACUUUGUUUUCAUGUAACAAAGUGUUGUGUGAAGGAAUUAUUUUUAUAUAAAUCAGAAAUAAUGUUAUGUGGCUAAUGCUAAUAUUCACUUCUGUGAUUAACCCUUUGCAUGCUGGGAAAUUUGUCUUCUGCUAAAAUGUUGUCUGCUGAAUGUCUAAAAUAAACAUUUUCUUCGAUUUUUUUCAAAGAAUACUAUCACAAUAGCAAACAGUUUGGAUCCUGGUGAGACGCAAACUGUUUGCAAAGGCCUUUAAAAAAUCGGUUCCAGCACUUAAAGGGAUAAUUGGCAAAUUGAUAACUUAAACAUUGUAAAUGUAUUUUGCAUUAUUUAUUUUAUUGAGCAGUAACAAAAUACACUCGUAGAUACGCUAAAUUCUAUAUUAAAAAUUAUAAUAAUUUUUUGCAUUUGAAUUUCUUAUAAACGUGUCAGCAAGUAUUCUUCACGACUAAUUUGUAAUAUAGUUUAACAUAAGCUUCAUUGUUAUUGAUUAAGAAUUGUACAUUUUAUUCACUCAACCUAUUUUCUGAGCCAUCUUUGUUCUACCUGCCAGCAUUAGUCAAUGGACAUACUUUUAAAUUCUCUAGGUUUGUUUUUGAUCACAUAUUUCCUGAAUUGAUUAUGUAUAACUUUCAUUACAGGAUAAGAAUAAACAUUUAUAAUUGUGUGAAACCAGUAUUCAAAGAAAACAAGUGUGUUAACAUGUGCAAAUCAAAGAUGAGAAUGUUUUUUGGCUUUUGUUUUUACUAAAAGAUGGCAUUGAUUGUAUAACUCUGAAACUUCAACUAAAAAACCAACAUUGUAUUAUAAUGUUCAUUUUAUAACGCUAAAGUUGAAUCUUAAGUUACUAUGGAAUUUCAGUGUAAAUUUUGUAUAAUAAAUUUUAUUUUUUAAUAAUAUUAGCAGAACUUAAAAUAUACCACAUUAAAAAAAAAGAUUUCACAUUGGAUUAUGUUUUUGUUCUGUAACAUUUGUUUUGGGUUUUAAACAGCUGAUUUUAAUUUACCUGCUUUUAAAAUAUAAUAAGACUCCUGUGUAACAAGUUUACACAGUUUUUCACACAUUUUUGUUGUUAUAAUGCUAAAAAGUUGUCCAUUUAGUACAGAGAAUGUAUUAAACUUAUUUUAACUGAAUAAACAAAUCAUAAAUGUA